UGUGGGUCGCAACCAGUAGGUUGUUUGCGCUCCGUGCCAGCAGAAUACACACGGAACGGGUUUACAGCUGCUGCGUUCAAUAAACUCUCCGAGAGUGUUCGGGGGCUAAUAAAACGAUUUGCCAGAACCAGCUGUGGGUUAGCUGGUUUAGUUAGCUCAAAUAAAUGCCAGGCGCCAGGCGCAACACUGAGAGCACCGCUAGAGAGGUGGGCCGCAAAACCGAUAAGAACAUGGAUUUCGAGGAGAUUCUGGCCAAGUGCGGCAACAGCAGUCGCUAUCAGUUUCUGCUGCUCUCGCUCUACGGUUUCCUCAUGGUCGUCAUAUCGAUGCACUAUUUCUCCCAGAAUGUGAUCAGCUUUGUGCCCGACCACUGGUGCUAUCACGAGCAGCUGGCCAACCGAAGCUUUGCCGAUAUCGAGGCCAUCUAUUCGCAGUUCGAGAGACCCGCCUGCACGCGACUGGCGUCGAUCGAUCCGGAUGGCCGCAAUGCCACACUAAGCCCAGAGCGCUGCAAUCGAUGGAUUUACAAAUAUGACUUCGGAUACAAGAGCAUGAACACGGAGCUGAACUGGGUGUGCGAUGAGGCUUAUAAGCCGCGAGUGGGUCAGUCUCUGUUCUUUGUGGGCUCCGUCUGUGGCACUCUCGUGUUCGGUUUGCUUGGCGAUCGCAUUGGCAGAAUCAAGGCUCUGAUAUUGGCCAACUGGUGCGGCUUCCUGGGCGAUUUCUCCACGAUAUUUGCGGAAAGUUUGACUUCAUUUUCCCUGAGUCGCUUUGUGUCUGGUCUGGCGGCCGAUGCCAACUCGUAUCUCAUGUACAUACUGAUUCUCGAAUAUGUCUCGCCCUCACUGCGAAAUGUUGGCCUCAACACCGUGUUGGGCAGCUUCUACUGCCUGGGCCUGAUUGGGGCCUCUUGGCUGGCCGUUUGGGUGGGUCACUGGCGCAUUUUCCUGGCCUGCUCCUCGCUGCCACUGCUGCUCGUGACGCUCUUCUAUUUCCUGGUCCAGGAGAGUGCCCAGUGGCUGGUCACGCGCAACGAUAUCGAUGGAGCCAUUACGAGGCUUCAGCGCGUGGCCAAAAUCAAUCGCCGCGAGGUCAGCGACGAUGACUUCAAGGCGUUCCGUGGCUACUGUGAGCGGCACUACCAGAAGGAGGCCCAGGCAGCGAAAAGUCAGACCAAAUUGCUCGACAUGCUCAAGACGCCGCGCAUGCGCAGUACAGCAUUCAAACUGCUGAUGAUUUUCAUAAUUAUCACGCCCUGCUACAACACCAUUGCCCGGAACGUGGAGGGUCUGGGCAUCUCGCCCUUCAUCAUGUUCUCCCUGAACGCCCUGACGUUGCCGCCCUCGGGCUACCUGCAGGGCCUGCUCCAGGAUCGCAUCGGUCGCAAGGCCACUGCAGUCAGUUGGAUGGCAAUUACGGGGCUGUUUGCCGCUGGUGCGGGUCUCGUCAUAUCGCUGGGCAGAAAUCAGAAUGUGCUACUGCUGGUGGGUCUGACGCUGGCCGCCCGCUUCGGGGUGUCCAUUGCCGAUGGAGCCAGCUCGCAGUUCUCCACGGAGCUCAUUCCCACCUGCGUGCGUGGUCGGGGGGUGGCUGUGGUUCAUGUGGCCGGCUUCGCCGCCUCCUUCCUCUCGCCCUACAUCCUGCACCUGGGCACGUACUUCAGGCCGGCUCCUUCGAUCAUACUGGGUCUGCUCUUCCUGGCGGGGGCCUACGUCUGCCUUUUGCUCCCCGAGACGCGUAAUCGGAAGCUGCCCAUGUCCCUGGCGGAGGGCGAGGAAUUCGGCAAAGGAGAACGCAUGUUCGACUUUCUCCGUAACCUGAGAAAAGGAGAGAGCCAGGAGGUGGAAACAGGGGUCGAGAUGGCUGCCAAGGCCAAGGAAGAGGACACUCUCAUGACGAAAACUGCUCAACAAUAGGGAAAUGUUUGUGAUUCAGUAUUACGGAAUUAUCUGUGUAUAAAUUUCACUGCCAUAAGCCACAAAAACAA